AUGGAGGCGGCUCUCAAGACAUAUUUCGGCUUCUCGGGGUUCCGCUCGUGCCAGCGGGAGAUCGUGCAGAAGGUCCUGGAUGGCCGGGAUUGCUUGGUCGUCAUGGCCACCGGCAGCGGCAAGUCGAUUUGCUAUCAAAUCCCACCACUCGUUACAAAGAAGACAGCUGUUGUUGUCAGCCCUCUUCUGUCACUGAUGCAAGACCAGGUCAUGAGCUUAAAGCAGCGUGGUGUGAAGUCUGAAUACCUUGGCAGCACCCAAACAGACGUCUCUGUUAGUGGUGAGGCUGAAAAAGGCUUGUUCGAUGUUCUGUACAUGACACCAGAGAAAGCCAUGUCACUUCCUCCAAGGUUUUGGAGUAACUUGCAGGCUGCUGGAAUCUGCCUGUUGGCUGUUGAUGAAGCACACUGCAUAUCAGAAUGGGGUCAUGAUUUCAGAACGGAGUACAAACAGCUGCAUAUGUUGCGUGACCUCCUUGUGGGUGUACCCUUUGUUGCUUUAACUGCAACAGCCACACAAAGGGUACGUGGAGAUAUUACCACUUCCUUGACCCUGCGAAAUCCUCACAUCGUUGUAGGAUCAUUUGAUCGUCCUAACCUUUUCUACGGUGUGAAAUCAUGCAAUCGAUCUAUGUCCUUUAUCGAUGAACUUGUGCAAGAUGUCUCAAAGAACUGUACUGCGGGUGGCUCAACAAUAAUAUACUGUACUACCAUCCGAGAGACCGAACAGGUGCACGAGGCAUUGGUUGCUGCUGGAAUCAAGUCUGGCAUUUACCAUGGUAGAAUGGGAAAUAUAGCCAGAGAGGAAUCCCAUAGAUCGUUUGUUAGAGAUGAAGUACUUGUGAUGGUGGCUACCAUUGCUUUUGGAAUGGGAAUCGACAAGCCAGAUGUUAGAUGCGUAAUACAUUAUGGAUGUCCAAAGAGCCUGGAAUCCUACUACCAGGAAAGUGGGCGUUGUGGAAGAGAUGGACUGCCUUCAGUGUGCUGGCUAUAUUACCAAAGAAGUGAUUUUACAAAAGCUGAUUUCUAUUGUGCUGAAGCUAAAAGUCAAACUCAACGAAAAGCCAUCAUGGAGUCAUUCAUGGCAGCACAAAAGUAUUGCCUUCUUACUACAUGUCACAGAAAAUUCUUGUUGCAGUACUUUGGCGAAGAGCGCACCACCGACUGUGGUAAUUGUGACAACUGCACAAGGACAAAAAAUGAGAGGGAUUUGUCAAAAGAAUCCUUCUUGUUGCUGUCCUGCAUUAAGUCCUGUGGUGGGCGGUGGGGCCUUAAUUUGCCAAUUGAUGUUCUCCGUGGAUCACGUGGCAAGAAAAUCGUUGAAAACAAUUUUGAUAAACUUCCAUUGCAUGGGCGGGGAAAAGACUAUCCACCAAACUGGUGGAAAGCACUUGGCAGUGUGCUUUUAGAGCAUGAUCAUUUAAAGGAAACUGUACGUGAUACGUAUAGAUUCAUCAGUGUUAGUCCUAAUGGGUGCAAGUUUCUAGCUACUGCUGAUAAAGUGGAUGGAGCUCCGCUGUUUUUACAGCUGAGUGAAGAGAUGAUUGAGCUAGAGGGGCAUGGUAGUUCCCAGUGUAAAGAAGGGGGCUUAAAUCCUUCAGGUCCAUCAGAAUCUGAAAGACUUUCUGAGGAUGAAUUGAAAAUCUACCAAGUACUCUUGAAUGUCAGGAUGCAACUUGCACAAGAUAUUGGAACAGCACCGUAUGCUAUAUGUGGAGAUCAGACUCUAAGAAACUUUGCAAAGUUGAGGCCUAGCACCGUAGCUAGGCUGGCUAAUAUUGAUGGCGUUAACCAGCACUUCAUCUCACGAUACGGUGGAAUUUUCAUCCAAAAUAUUACAAAAUUGGCAAAAGAGUUGAAUCUUCCAUUGGAUGAUUCAUCGGCUGUAGAAAGUAUAUCUGCUGCUCCAAAACCUAUACAAAAUAAUCUCCCAAGAAACUUGGGUGAUGCAAAAUUUUGUUCAUGGGAAUUGUGGCAGAAAAUGAAGUUUUCGUUCCAGAAAAUUGCGUAUUUCCGCAGAGCAGUACCAAUAAAAGAGAAAACGGUUAUCUCAUACAUACUUGAUGCUGCUCAAGAUGGAUGUGAGAUGGACUGGAGUAGGUUUUGUCAGGAGGUAGGGCUUACACAUGAGAUAGCCUCAAAGAUCCGUCUUGCCAUUACAAAGGUUGGAUCACAUGAGAGGUUGAAGCCAAUUAAAGAGGAACUUCCAGAAAAUGUAACUUACGAGGUGAUCAAGACAUUCUUGGUGAUUGAGGGACUUGGGUUGUCCGAGCAAGUUUUUGGUACUGUUCCUACUGAUGGGAUCCUGUCUAAGACAGAGGAGUCACCAAAGCCCACCUCCAAUGGAAGUGAAGUUGGCGAAAAUGAUAAUCAGGGACAUAGAGUCCUAGAGUUAGAUGCUUGUGAUUCAAGAAGCCCUUUGACAAAGAGAGGCCAAACUGAUGGCUCAUUGAUUUGUGGUGAUGAGCCAGCAAGUAAACUACAAAAGAUAGACGGGCAAGGGGUAAAAUCUACGGCAGCAGUUGGUGCCACCGAGGAUGCAAUACUAGAGCUAGUUGCAGGCGGCGAUGGGGUUUCGCUGGAGGAUGUUGUGAAGCACUUCGAUGGAUCGAAAAGAGAGUGCGUCGUCGAGAUGUUGGACAGCCUUGAAGGCAAUUUUUCGGUGUACAAGAAGAAUGGCUGCUACUUGAUUUUGUAACUUUCAAGAUUUCACUCGAUUGUCUCUAGGAAACUGACUCCUUGCUCGAGUGAUGUAUAUAAAGGAGUAACUCGCAAACUGAUCUUUGUAGUCCAUCCGUAUUUUGUCUGCUUUGUUUGGAAUUCAGAAAUCAAAUCCCCUAUGGAAAAUAUCAUCAAAUUAAGUACCCCAUUCCUUGGAAGACUCAGCAGCUGACCCCAAUUCCUUACCAGAAGAAUCAGCGGUAGGUUUGCUCGAAGCCUCCAAUAUGAUCCAGUGAGUUUGCUGCUUCCUGUUGAUUUUCAGUAAACCUCCAAUAUGAUUGAUAUAGCCAAACUGGAAAUCUGGAACGCUUCCCUCCAAUGGAGCAGGGACCUCAAAACCGAAGGCACAUAUGGCAGGGGAAGACUUUAGGUUCGGUAAUCGGUAUAGUAGACAGCAAGUGCAGAAGGGGAAUCUUGGCCCUUCAUCGUCGAACGGACAGACGGCACAUUGACCCGUUUGAAUCCAAUUAUGUAUUUUCGAUUAACGU